GGUUGACCGAAUCCCAGAAGGAUCUCGAGGAAGGACCUUCCUCCGACCACGGCGACGCUGGCGCUGCAGGCGUCGCGAUGAGAGCGCCGUCACCCAGACGUCGUCUUCUUGCAUUACCAAACUCGCUCCGAUGACAACAACGUUGACGAAGGACCCGACGCCGCCCGUCGCCCCGGCCAAGUCGAGCACGACGAUCCAGGAGGCAGCCGUCUCGAGCGCCGCCGAGUGCCCAUUUGCAAACGUGGAUGUCGCGCUUCCCAUGCAUGUUGCAUCCGACUCGUGCCCGUUCCACGCCCACGCAGUGCGCCAAAGCCCAGCGCUGUGGAGCGAUGUGCCGGUCGUCAUUCGAUCGCUCACGUUUCAGACGACGCCGGCGUCGGCCCAGCUCCUGCGCGACGUUGGCGGCGGCGACACCAUCCGCGAGCUUUGUACGCGCUUUUACGCCCGGGCAUUUCUCGACAAGCAGCUAAAACCAUUCUUCUUUGAAGAGGACGGCGCGACGGCCCAUGGGCAGCGGCUUGCCGACUGGAUCAUCCAAAAAAUGGGCGGCGAGGGCCAGCCGUGGACCGACAGCGGGCGCUGGGGGCUGCGCCAAGUGAGCCACGCCAAAGCAUGGGUCAGCGAGAAGCGCGAUCCGUCCGUCCGUGGCGACCACUUCAACCUCACCGACGCCCGGACGUGGAUGCGCAUUCAUUUUUGGGCCGCACGCGAGUGUGGACUCGCAGACCACGCCGUGUUUUGGCGCUGGUACACUCGGUUUCUUCAGCAUUUUAUCGCCAUCUACGAGCGCCGCGCCGUGCGCUUUGCACAAGACGAUGCUGCGUGGUCGGCUGUACCAGACAACCUGGCACGCUAUCUGGAAAACGACCAUAGAAUGCCAGAUGUAAUCUAGUUUCCGACACCACCGACUGCAUCCAUAAGCCCACACUAAGCUUAGUUUAUUUUGAUUGUCC